AUGGGCACCAUAGAUACCUCCUCCAAGUCAUACAAUGACUGGCCAAACCAUCAAGGAUUCAAUUCCAGCUAUGAAGAGAGGACUCCUGUUGAGCUCAAGGUGAUCGGAGACAUCCCUUCAUGGGCAGCAGGCGUUCUGUAUCGCACUGGCACAGGACGCAGUGAGAUAGAAACCGAGAAGAAGGAGAUCUACAAAGUGGCCCACUGGUUUGAUGGCUUAGCUGUGGUCCACCGAUUCCAGAUUCUGCCUCCAGAUGCGGUCCACUCUUCAGUCCGCGUGUUCUACAAUUCCAGAAGCUCCUGUGACGGACUAAUAGAAAAUAUCAGGAAAACUGGCUGCUCAAAGUCCAUGUCAUUCGGUGCGCGCUAUGAACCCUGCACCAGCUACUUCCAGAAAGUCAUGUCCCUAUUUCGCCCCAGCCCACCCAGAACCCAGGCAGAUCAGCAGUCUAUGGCUAUUACGGUCUCAGUCAAUUUCCCAGGAUUGGACCGCACGGGCAAGAAGAAAACCUCUGGACAUGCCUCCGGUAUUCAGACACUAGCCAACAAGACUGACUCUGCAGCCUUUCAAACCCUGGACCCAGAGUCCCUGGAACCUAUCGGAGUGGCUUCGCAGCAAGUCCUUCACCCAGACUUAAAGGGGCCCCUAUCGGCCACCCAUGCCAAAUCAGACCCAGUCACAGGAGACGUCUACAACUUCAACCUCAAGCUAGGGAGAAACCCUAUCUAUCGUAUCUUUACCGUAUCAGCUUCCACAGGUAAAACUUCCAUUCUCGCAACUAUUACUGAUGCCCGCGCCGCCUACCUGCACUCCAUAUUCCUCACUGAAAAUUACGUCAUACUCUGCGUAUGGAACUCUUUCUACACCGUAGGCGGCUUGUCAAUCAUCUGGCACCGGAACAUCAUCGACGCCAUCGCUGACUUCGACGACUCCAAACCUUCCACUUGGUACAUCGUUGACCGGCGCCCCGUCGACAAGGGCGGCAGGGGGCUCGUGGCCACUUACAAAAGCGACCCCUUUUUCUGCUUCCACACCAUCAACGCAUAUGAAGAGCCAUCGUCCGAUGGUAGCAGAGACACCGACAUUGUUGCAGACCUCAUCACCUACGGGAACCUCAACAUCUUAAAGCGCUUCUACUUCUCGAAUAUCAUCUCCACCUCGCCUGACGCGGCGAAAUACGCAGCAGGUGUCGACGACGCCAGCCGUCCCGUUUUCAAACGUUUCCGGCUCCUAUCACUCCCACCAUCCUCACCAGAUGCCCCAAAUGUGAAAAGCAGCACAAAAACCGCACGUGCCAAGUUAGAGUUCGAAGGUGAACCGGUCGACUCUCCCGAACUCCCGACUCUCAACCCUUACUACGUCACCCGCCGCCACCGCUACGUCUACGGCGUCACCGGCACCGGCAAAUCGACUUUUCUUGACGGACUUGUUAAGUUCGAUAUAGAAACGAAACAAGCCGUACACUGGAGUGAAUGGGGUCAGAAUGCUGGAGAGCCGAUUUUCGUCCCCAGGGAAAAAAAGCAAGUAGAAGGAGAAGGUGAAGGUGACGGUGAACUAGAUGAAGAUGACGGCGUGCUUCUUUCCGUUGUCCUCGAUGGGCUAAAAGGGACGUCGUAUUUACUUGUUCUUGACGCAAAGACCAUGACUGAAGUUGGAAGGGCAGAGGUUGCAGGGCCGGUUGGGUUUGGGUUUCAUGGCACUCAUGUUCCUGUGACUGGCAGCGGUAGGGGAUUGGAUUUUUAG